CACUACAAAUAAUCUGCACAAUCACUCCCUCAACUCAACAUUUUGUUCUAAUCCAGGCCACUCGGAUUAAAGAAAUAGGACACACGUUUGGAAAAAGGGAACAGGGAAAUACAGUACAAUACCCUGAGACAAGCAGGACCCAGUCAGACAUCAGCACGUCCCCAUCACAUGCAGACGUUGAGUUCAGGAAGCAAACAAACUUCUGCUUUGGUGCACAGCAGAGGAAACUAUCAGGAGCUCAACAGUUGUCAGAAGUCAACAUCUCUUCCUGCGCUCCCUGGGCUCAGAGCUGCUCUGAGCACUGCACUCAGACUGAUGAUGCCACAGCCUAUAGAGCAUCGCCUGGUCUGUCCCCUCCUGCUGUGGAUCACCGUCCUCACCAUCGGCCAGAUGGCUUUCAUCACCUUCUUUUUCACUGCUGUAUACCCUGGCUUGAGGACAAGUGAUGUAGACCGAGGCAGCGAAAAAUCAUCCCAAUCCAUAGGGGAGCCCAAACAUUUUGCAGCCAGAAUGAUCUCCCUUAGAGCCGAAAAAGAUCCACAGAUGCCUGGAUCAAACAACACCAACUCUUUAAAAACAAUUGAAUGGAUGGUGGAGGGCUCUGACCUGCUUUCCCCAAGAAAUAAAAAAAACUUAACGUUAUCCAAGGAUGGAUAUUACUUCCUUUGUCUUCAAGUGACAUUUCAAGAAGAAGAAAAGAAGCAAGAGUAUUUUAUCCAUCUCAGAAAGAACGGCAAGAUUCUCCUGUAUGUCAGGGUGAACACAAAAUCAUCCAACACCGGCUUCCUGGGCAAGAUGGUAGAGGGCAGCGCCAGAGAUAAACUGGAGGUCACCAUUGCCCCACAAGCCAAGAUUGAUGACAAUUAUACCUACCUGGGUAUCAUGUACUUGCCCAAACAUUAUUCAUAGACACAGAGACAAUUGCAUGUACUGUGCAUCUGACUGUUUUCUUGGUGCCAAAGAGACCCUCUUCGCACACAUUGGCUUUGCACCAGCAGGCCUGCUCACCACUUCACUGUCUCACUGCAGUCAGAGGUGAGAAGACUGUCAAAGACAAAGUGUCAAGGAGACGGGACGGGCUGGCUGAUGAAGAUUACAGAUUAACCCACAGUGUGGGAAAACCCCCCUAUGAUCCCUUUGACUUUCUACUUUUAAAAGCAGACACAAAGAGAAGUUUGUGAAUGAAGUUUCUAAAGUUUGUGUGUUACGAAAGCAAAGU